UCGACGAGGCAACGCGACGUCAAUUGCCUAUUCGAGCGUAAAAAAAGUUUUUUGCUUCGAUUGUUCAGUGUUAUAUUGUUAUUUCUUUUGUAUUUUAUUAUAAAAAAUGGAGGUAGGCGUGCGGAUAGUGGGUAUCAUCCUACGGGUACUGAAUUUUCUUCUGGCGCCGCUAUUCUGGCUGCGAGCGAGAAACCGAAUGCGAAUACCCCCUAUAAAAGAUACACUGCUGUUAAGAAGCGCUACAGAUAUUGCUGUGGCCAUAAGGAGCGGAGAACUGACAAGCGAGGAAGUAGUAUCGCGAUACAUAUCAAGGUUGCAAGAAGUGAACCCGCUACUUAAUGCUGUUGUCGAUGAACGCUAUCGUGACGCUUUGAACGAUGCCAGAGAAGUUGACCGAUUAAUCGCAGACGCGAGGAUCAGAGGAGAUUUAGAUAAAUUGGUAGCUGAUAAGCCAUUUUUGGGAGUUCCUUGUACUGUAAAAGAGAGCUGUUCGCUUGCUGGUCUAUCGAACGCGGUGGGUUGCCUCGAGCACACAGGCCGGCGCGCGACCGCGGACGGCGGCGGCGUGCGUGCGUUGCGUCGCGCUGGCAUAAUACCCCUCCUCGUGUCUAACACGCCCGAGUUGUGUCUCGGCUGGGAGACGUCCAACCUGCUGCGCGGCACCACCAACAAUCCGCACUGCCUUAACCGAACCGCUGGAGGAUCGUCAGGAGGAGAGGCGGCCCUGCUGGCAAGCGGCGCGUCUGCGCUGUCCGUGUCGUCCGACAUCGCGGGCUCCAUCCGCAUCCCCGCCGCUUUCUGCGGCGUGUACGGACACAAGCCCACACCAGGUAUAAUAUCUAUCGAAGGUCACGUUCCAACAUUAACAGAUGAAAACUACGCCAAGUUCCUAACAGUGGGUCCUAUGACGAGGUUCGCUGAGGACCUCGGGCCACUUCUGAAGAUAAUGGCAGCUGACAAUGCGCACCUACUCGACCUCGACAAGCCUGUGCAACUGGAUCAGUUAAAGGUGUUCCACAUGUGCGAGGCCACGUCGUCCGCCGCCCUGCUGCGGGUGCCGCGCGCCGUGCAGAGCGCCGUCUCGCGCGCCGCGCGCCUCCUGCAGCGACGCGGCGCCGCGCUCGCGCACGAGAAAUUCACAGAGUUAGAAGAUUCUGUAGAAAUGUCAGUAUCAGUUUUCUUCUCUAUGAAAGAUAUACCCAACAUGCUUCAAGAUCCCGCAAAUCCAAAACACGACAGGAGCAUACUGCUGGAGCUAAUAAAGCUGCUGUUCGGCGGCGGGUCGCGCUCGCUGCAGGCGCUGGGGUUCGCGCUGCUGCAUCGCAAGAUGCUCUACAUCCCGCAGGCCGCCGUCCCGCACUACCGCCGCCGCGCCGCCGCCCUGCGGCAGCUCCUGCAGGAGAAACUGGGCGAUAAUGGGGUGCUGCUGUACCCGGUGCACAACUCGCUGGCGCACUACCAUCAGCAGGUGUUCCUGCGCGCGUCGGGCGUCAUGUACACGAUGCUGUUCAACGUGCUGGGCCUGCCCGCCACCGCCGUGCCCGUCGGCAUGCACGGCGGCCUGCCCGUCGCCAUACAGGUUAUCGCUGCACCGAACCAGGACAGGUUAUGUUUGGCAGUUGCGAAGGAACUCGAAAAAGGAUUCGGAGGCUGGCAACCCGCAACAUAAUUUAAGGCAGUUAGUAAUAAGUGUCAAUGUCAAUAAACCACAUGUAUGACGUGGUAACUUUUAUAUGUACUUUAUGUAUGUUAGUCGAUUUUGGAUUGCGUUUUCAACAAAGCGUUUUCUGUGUUAACGUAAAUUAUAACACAAUCAAUCGACAGUUUAAAACGCAAACCAUUUUUUUUAUAAAAGGUAAAUUAUACAUACGUCUAAAGCCCAUUUCAAAAUGAACUUAAACAUCUCUUAAAGUAUGAAACACUAAAAAAAACUAUAUUUUCGUAUAUACAAUUUUAGAUGUCUAUUUAUAUUUAUUAAAUAAUUAAAUUAAAAAAAAAUCUAGUUAGUAUUAGAAGUCAACAGAGUCAAAUUUUUUUCUUUACAUAUUGCUUUACUUGAGGAUUAUUUAUAUUACGGCCAUAACUUUAACCAAAUCAAUAUUAAAAAUAGCUACUGUACAUAUGACAGCAUGGUGACAAGAAUGCUAGCAACAUUUCCCCGUUGAAUCGCAAUUCCGAUCCUCUGGGCGUAAAAUCAACCAUCCCAACACGUGUUUUAAUAUUUUUUGCUUAAUAUGAAAUGUGUAAUAAAACAUACUAUAAUUGACGUAAAUUCUUAUAAGAUAAUAAGUCUUCUGUGUAUCGGUGUACCCACGAUGUAAAAGCGUUAUCAAUGUUAGAUAUUUCACCAAUUAAAUUGGUGUCCACUGAACAAAAUGUAUCAUUUUUAUAAUAAUUAUCAAUUGUAAAUACUUAUCUAAAGUUAAUGUUAAUUAUUUUGUGUAAGAAUGAUUUAAUUUUUUUUAAUAAUAAUAAUGUUUAACUGUCUCUUAAAUAUGAAUGUGCUGUGAAAAAUAUUUAAAUAAGCGUUUUGAAAUGUAUUU